CAGCAGUGCACGGCUCCCAGCUUAUUAGCUCUUUGCUGAAGUUCUCGUCAUGAGCCAUGCCUUUCCGGUACUGCAGCCCAGCUGCGCUGGCUGUGUACGUAUAUGAUUACUGUAGACGAUCUGAACUCCGUCGACUGGAUACUGUAUGCGAUACCGCCAAAGAGUUCCAAACUUCCGUCAGUUCCGUGUUAUGCGAUCGUAGUCCCGUUACUCCCGUAGAGUGCUGCUGCUGCCACAUAUAUACGGAAAUUAAUUUUUUUAUUUCAGUCUAAGCUGGGAAAGUUCAUGGUCGCACUGCAGGACCGGUUUGUGCUAUUAGCGUUUUCGAUUCAUCGCCACAAUUUUCAGCAGCCAACUCCAAGGGCAUAAAAUUAGCUUUAUUUAAAUCUUAUGACCGUGCCAUUGAUCGACUGUUAAAAUGAAUUCCACGGGCAACACUGUGCGGAAACUUGGCUUCAGUGCGGAUAAUGUGAAACAGAUAGAAGAAGCGUACCGCUUGGGUGGAACAGCAGAAUUUUCGCGCAUUUUACAAGAAGAAGUGGAUGGUUGGAAAGCUGUCCCGCUAAAUAUAGCGGUUAUCGGGAAGACUGGAUCAGGAAAGUCCAGUUAUAUUAACUGUGCUCGCCACGUCACUGCGGAAGACCCAGAAGGAGCGUUAGUCGGUAUUACGGAAACUACGAAAAUUAUCAAAUCAUAUCCCCAUCCAGAAAAUAAUAUGCUGCUCUACUGGGAUCUUCCUGGCGUUGGAACGGAAAAUUUUCCGCGCGAAACCUACCUUGAUGACAUCGAAUUCAAGAGUUAUGAUUUUUAUCUAAUUUUGUCAUGCAUGCGUUUUACUGUCCACGACUUGUGGUUGGCCGAAGUAAUUAAGAAUGAAGGCAAGAAAUUUUUCUAUGUCCGUACUCAUAGCGAUAGUGACGUUCAAAACCAAAAGAAAUCCCAUCCUAAGGCAUCUGCCGGCAAAUCUGAUGAGGAAAUACUUCAAGAAGUGCGGAAGGACAUUAUCAAAAGGUUGCAACUUAACGAAGCCGAUCAAGACAAUGUGUUUCUCAUCGACUGCCACGAACCAUCAAAAUUUGACUAUGAAAAGCUGCAGGAAAGACUACUAAAAUCCUUACCCGAAUUGAAACGAGAAGUUUACUUGAACUCGCUUAAUCCAAUUAGGAUGCUUAGCAAGAAAAUUCUUCAGGAAAAACUGGAUGCCUUGCGGGGUCGCGCUUUAAUAACGGCAAUGCUCUCCGGUCUGUGUGGUCUAGUAUCAACACCAGAAGUUUCCGCGGCGGCUGACCUUCAUCUGGCGAUUCGUACAAGCACUUUUUAUCUAGAACAGCUUGGGCUGGAUCAAAAAUCGUUGGCGGCAACCGCCGCAGCUCAUGGCAUAGAUGUGGAUUGCCUUGACAAACAUGUUGGAUUGCGCAUUGAAGACCUGUCAACCAGCGAUUGUAUCACCUCCUUAUAUGAACAACUGGGCCAUCAAACGCCUGCCCGGAGCAUAGAGGAACUAAAAUCAUUCAUACCGAUUUUUGGAUUUUUGCUUAAUGGGCCCCUUUCUUCAUUAAAUACUUCUAAUGCACUGCUCGCUAUUUUGCAGCAGAUGGAAUCUGUUGCUCAUAAAGUCAUUGAUGUUUGUGUGGAUAAGGUGCAUCAGAAAGUUUUAAAUGAAUCCGGAUAAGCUGAAGAAGAGUUGAAGACUACCAAUUCGACAUUAAAGGUGCGAGAUACAGUACAUAUAGACUUGUCACAGGAUUUGCACGAUACGGCUCACCAACCACAAUUAAUGGAGUCACCACAGAAUGCACCACCAAUUCUCCAGUAACACCGCCGCCGUUCAGAUCAGCUUGUAUAGGUACGAGUCCCGAGACAUGUCCUGUUUCAUGUCCAUCGACG